CUGUAGUCUCUUCUUCGCUGCUCGCUGGCUAUUUGGCUUCUCUUCCGUGCCUGUCAGCGACCGGCCUUUCUCUCUCUCGCGCUCGCCUUCCUUCCUCGCCGGGAUGCCGCUGGAAAACCUGGAAGAGGAGGGCCUCCCUAAGAACCCCGACCUCCGGAUCGCCCAGCUCCGCUUCCUGCUGAGCCUGCAGCCGCAAAGCCCGGACCCCGCCGUGCGCCAGGAGCUCAUGGCCGCCAUCCGUCAGCACGAUAUGGCCCCAUAUUAUGAAAGCCUCUGCAAAUCCCUUGACUGGCCGGUAGAGACAGAUUUGUUGAAUAAGAUGAAGAAAGCCAAUGAGGAAGAGCUGAAACGCCUGGAGGAUGAAUUGGAGGAUGCAGAGAAGAACCUGGGAGAAAGCGAAAUCCGUGAUGCCAUGAUGGCCAAAGCUGAGUAUCUCUGCCGAAUUGGCGACAAGGAAGCUGCUCUAACUGCCUUUCGGAAGACAUAUGACAAAACUGUUGCUCUAGGACAUCGUCUGGACAUUGUCUUCUACUUGUUGCGAAUCGGCUUGUUUUAUAUGGACAAUGACCUUAUUACACGGAACACUGAAAAGGCCAAAAGUCUUAUAGAAGAAGGAGGAGACUGGGAUCGGCGGAAUCGGCUCAAAGUCUACCAAGGCCUUUACUGUGUGGCCAUUCGGGACUUCAAGCAGGCAGCCGAACUCUUCCUGGAUACCGUCUCAACAUUUACAUCUUACGAACUUAUGGAUUACAAAACCUUUGUCACAUACACAGUUUACGUCAGCAUGAUUGCAUUAGAAAGGCCGGACCUAAGAGAGAAGGUUAUCAAAGGAGCUGAGAUUCUGGAAGUGUUGCACAGUUUACCCAAAGUGCGGCAGUAUCUUUUUUCACUCUACGAAUGUCGGUAUUCGGUUUUCUUCCAGUCGCUGGCCAGUGUAGAACAAGAGAUGAAGAAAGAUUGGCUGUUUGCACCACAUUAUCGUUACUAUGUUCGGGAAAUGAGAAUCCACGCCUACAGUCAGCUUCUAGAAUCUUACCGGUCACUCACACUUGGUUACAUGGCAGAUGCUUUUGGAGUCUGUGUAGAGUUCAUAGAUCAGGAACUUUCAAGAUUUAUUGCUGCUGGGAGACUACAUUGCAAAAUAGACAAAGUCAAUGAAAUCGUAGAAACCAACAGGCCUGACAGCAAAAACUGGCAGUACCAAGAAACCAUCAAAAAAGGAGAUUUGUUGUUAAACAGAGUGCAGAAGCUUUCCCGAGUAAUUAACAUGUGAUUUUUAAAAGUAAAAAAAAAGGAUUGCACCAUUCAGUCAGAACUUUUCUGGAAGUAAUUAUCCCUAUAUUAUAUAAUUUGUACUGUAGGUAAGAAAAUGUAACCAUGAUGUAGUUAGGGCUUUUGCAGUCUAUUUCAUUGUGUAAACAACUGAACUGUAUGAAUAUUCAUGUUUUUCUGAUCAUUGUCAUUAAAUGUACAGUACGGUUGACUGUUUUGUUCUCG